GGAAGAAGGGAAGAAUGAGUCCAGGCGGGGCUGUGGCCGCCGCCAUCUUGGGAGCGGCUGGGGAUUGGUUGGGUCAGAGAGAAAGUUUCUUCUAGGAAGGAGGAAAAGAGUGGCGUUUCAAGGAACGAGUUCCAGCCUUCUUGCUUCAGUGUUUACUGUGUCAAGUAAAACAUGGCCAAAGUUGAGAAGUUUGCUCUUCACAUACCCACUUUGGAAGAACUAGUUGCGGUUUUAGAGAAUGGAUUGAAAGAAAACUUUGCAGAUGUCCAGGUUUCUGUGGUGGACUGCCCUGAUCUGAGUCAAGAACCUUUCAACUUUCCUGUUAAAGGUAACAAGUGAGAUGCGAAUAUUUUAAAGUGUGGAAUUAAAUAUACCUUUCUUUUAUAGGUUUAUGACCUGAACACAGUAGCAAAGGAAAUACAACUGCCAGGAGCUUUUUUUCUUGGAGCUGGAGCUGUGUCAUCCAGAGUGGUUGGAGGCAAUGCUGAGUUCAUCCCUCUUGUUCAAACUAAGAGUGACAAAAAGUCUGCUGUCAAUGGAAGUUAUGUUGCCCGGAUUAACCCUGAAGAUGGAGGGUGUCUACUAGAGAAAUACAGCUCCAAAUAUAAGGACUGUGAAUUUGGACUUCUAGCCAACCUAUAUGCCAGUGAAGGCCUUCCUGGUGAGGUAAUUGAAGUAAAAGCAAAUAGGAGAACUGGGGAGCAGAAUUUCAUAUCAUGCAUCAGAAAAGCCUUAGAAAAAUCUUAUAAUGACAAACCAGUUGGGAUGGGAGGUACAUUUGUUAUCCAGAAAGGGAAAGCAAAGAUUCACAUUAUGCCUUCAGAAUUCUCUGCCUGUCCUUUGAAAACAGAUGAGGAGCUGAACAGCUGGCUUAAGUUUUUUGAAAUGAAAGCUCCACUGGUUUGCCAGUCGGUAUUAGUUUCCCAAGACCCGGGUUUUGAUCUGCGUCUGGAACACACUCACGGUUUUAGCCACCAUGGUGAAGGAGGACACUAUCAUGAGGACACAACUCCAGAGACUGUUGAGUACCUGGGGUAUUUCAUGCCUGCUGAGUUUCUCUUUCGAAUUGACAGACCCAAAGAUACACAUUUAGUUGGCCGGGAUUAAGCUUGAUACGGGAUCUAGUCAGAGUGGGAUGCCACUCUUACUGAAGAACAAAACGCCAAAUGAAUUGUGGAAAUCUGCUUCUCAGUGAAGCCACUUACAAACAUAUUGAAUCAUCACAGAAAAAUAGCACUUACUUCACUUAUACUUUAAAAAUAGCAUAAUUAAUAAUUGGAAAUAAAAUCAAAUUUAAAUCUGAUGGCAAAGAAUACUAGGAGUCAAAUUAUUACUGCCAUGUCUGAGAAUUUGGAGGUCUUGGUUUUGCAGGUCUUGGUUUUUCUCCCAUGAGCAACUAUCUUUCAUUGUAACCCUAUAAGCCUGGAACCAAAGACAUUAUCACACAGGGCUUUUAAACUGUAGUUAUAGUUGUAAAAUAAUGCUUUUGGCAAUACUUACCACACAAUGUUAUUUCCUACCCGUAGCUGCUGUGUGUCCCUUUUCAUUGAUGUGGAGGGACCUGUCACUAGCUCCCAAUCCCAUGGCAAUCCCAGUAAUCCUCAUGUGCAUAACAUCACUGCCAUGGCAGUUACAAUAUUGGCAGUCAUGUGGUGUCACAGUCUCUUGUUCUCCCCUGUCCCUCCUUGCCCUCGCUAUUCCCAAGCAACUUGAUUCUCUCUCUCUCUCUCUCUCUCUCUCUAUAUAUAUAUAUAUAUAUAUAUAUAUAUAUAUAUAUAUAUAUUCUAUUUUCUUAUUUUUAAACUUAAAUUACAUUAGCAGGGCCAUAGAACUGUUUUUAAAAAGUAUUAAAUAAACUAAAAGAAAAGGCAUGCUGGGCAGAUCAUAGGGCAGAGAGGUGGGGUUAAGGAGGAGUCCAGAAGAGAGCAUGAUUGAAAAGACGUGCGAUAAUGUCUGCUCUCAAACCAGUAUGUUUGCAUGUUUGUUAAUUAGUGAUUGCAGAAAGAGACUUGUGUAAUAAUGUCUAAAGUCACAUUGAGCUCAAGGGACCUUACAUCCGAGUAGAUGUGAACUGGUUCCUAGAAUCAUAGCAUUGGAAGAUACCACAAGGGCCAUCCAGUUCAACCCCCUGCCACGCAAUCAAAGAACUCUUGGCAGAUGAGCCUUCGGCCUCUGUUUAAAAAUCUCCAAAGGAGGAGCAUGUUCCGUUGUCCAACAACUCUUACUGACAGGAAAGUUGAUUUAAGAGGUCUCCCCUGUUCAGUAGGUCAUCUCCAGUGCAUGCUACUCACUGACAAAACUUUCUGGGGAGCAUAUCCCAUUUCCCAACUUUAAAUAUUUCUUUUUCUUAAAACAUUCUGCAUCCAUCUGUCAUAAAUUUGGCAGAUUUUAUCACCUCAAAAGGACAACUAUUCCUAUACAUUUCAUUCAAUCUUGUUAAGAAAGAAAGAAACAAGUAGAUCAAUGAAGAGACCAUGUAGACCAAUGUACCUUAGGCUACCUGGAGGCCAGUGAUGUUUUCUCCUAAUGUACCAGGGACCAGUACUAUUUUUAUGCUCAUUUGUUACAGCUGUUUCUACCUUUCCUAGAAAUGAUCUGUAGAUUGGCAGCUGAUAGCUCACUGACCUGCAGUGCUCCACAGAUUACUAGUUUGGUUAGCAGUGCCAUAGAUAACUAGUUGGACCCUGAACAGAAUGUUAGACCAGACAGGUAUUUGGUCUGAUCCAACUUGGCCCUUAUGAGUCAAAGCAACUGGAGGCAAAACACCCCACUUUCCAGUCUCAGAUCCAAACUGAAUAUUGCUGUUGGUGUCCUCUCCUAGUGUAUCAUACACUUGGUCCAUAUGCAGUUUCAUUUUAAGAAAUUUGGGUUAGCAGCCAUUUUAGAAAUAAUCAAAAAUAAUCAAAUUGUGGCUCCAUGACUGAGAUGGCUCCUAAUUAUCAGUAGAAUACUUGUACCAGUUUUUAUGCUUGUAUCAUGAAAUAACCAGCUUUCAUAAAUACCUUGUGUAUCAUAAUACAUUCAACUGCCAUCCCAUUGUCUGCACUCGAAAUGUCUCAAGAGCAUGGGAGGAAAGCAUGACAAAGAAAGCCAUGCAAAGAUUUUAUUGAAAGAUAAUGUUUCAGGUUUAUGUUGCAAUGGAAACAAAAAACAAUUUAGCAAAAAUGAGGAAGGAAUUUGUUAUGACUGGUUGUGUAAGCAGUAUUAAUGGAUGAUAGUUAAAAUUGUGUUCUCCCUCUUUUUGCUGUGAAACAAUGCGGAAUUUUGAAGAAAAAAAUGAAGAAUUUUAAAGGAAAAAACAGAGACCAAUGUAACUUAAAAUGACAACCUCUCUAAUAUCUGGACUGGCCAGAUGUUUCUUUAAAGUUCUUAGCUCUAUGGGAGUAAUUGAAAUUUUGCUCUGGAUAGGACGUUUCCAGUGUGUGCUGGAACACACCAUGGUAACUAUCUUUAACCUGAUGCAAUUCAUGUGUGUCUGACUAAAGUUCCCAUCACCCUGUACUCCCUCCCCAACCAGCAUGGGCAGCUUUUUAAAAAAUGGUGAUAACUUUGUAGACCUUUAGAUGUUGUUGAACUAACUGCAUCCUGAUGCAGCACUGUAAACAAUGAAGUGUGAUGGGAGUUGCUGUCCAGUGCUUCUAAAGGGCUGCACAGUUCCCACCCCUGUCUCAAAAAACUUGAGUGUAGGGAAAGGAAAACCCAUUUAUAUGUCAUCAUACUCUUCUGGGAAAAAUAUAUAUAUAUAUAAUGUUAAUUUACUGUUCUGAUACUUGCUGAAAUUAAGAAUUCAAAAGCUGUAAGCUUUUGAGUUGCAUUUUGAUACUACAAAUAAAAAUUGAUAAAUUGUG